AUGCAGUCCCGUUUAUUUGCCCGCUCAACAGGUGAGCUGAGCCCGGACGACUUUGCGCAAGCGACCGCCUCGGGGCUCGUCCGAUCCUUUGCCGCCGCUCCACAGCACCGGUUCGACGGAGAAGGAGCCGAACCCGAAGAAGAGGGCCGACAUGUGAAUCUUUGGGCUCACCGCAUUGGUGUCAACGCACUGGCCUUGGACAAGUUUGAUGGUCGUUUACUUCUUUCUGGCGGCGCAGACGGAUCUGUGAAGCUCUGGGACCUUCAUCAAGAGAGCAAUCCUCACAAAUCUCACAUCUUUCAACCCAUUGCCAAUAUUUCCCGGUCUAUUGGAGAUGAGACAAACACCCACAAGCACGGCAUUACUCAUCUUGAUUUCUACCCUUUCGACAACGAGGCCUUUCUCUCCAGUUCCUUUGACCGCUCGCUCAAGCUAUGGUCUACUCAACGCAUGACUGUAUCCGCCAAUUUCGAUCUCAAUGCCAAUAUCUACACCCAUGCCACCAGCCCCAUUGCCAAUCAUCUCUUGGUCGCCUGCGCGACCCAGCAUUCGUCGGUUCGCUUGGUCGACCUCAGGUCAGGAACGUCGAUUCGCUCGCUGGUAGCACAUGGGGGCGCUGUUUUAUCGGCAGCCUGGAGUCCUCGUCAGGAGCAUGCUCUUGCAACCGGACAUGUCGACGGGAAAGUCCGCGUCUGGGACAUACGGCGCGCCUCUGGCUUGGUCGGCCAGCUCGAUCAGGAGGAUAGCCUCGGCAUUGUACACCGCUUCGACCAUGCCAUGGCUUCUGGCCUUCAUUGGAAGCGUAUGCCUCAUUUCCGCAACUCAGCUCGAGCUCACAAUGAGGGUGUCAACGGCUUGACCUGGACCGACGAUGGCAAGUACAUCGUCUCAGCCGGCUUGGAUUGUCGAAUCCGUGUUUGGGAUGCUGCUACUGGCGCGAAUACGCUAGCUAGUUUUGGCUCCCUGAUACAAAAUCAACAGCCAAAGACCGUCAACAUGUUUGUGACGCCCGCUCGUUUGACGCCAUCACGUCGGGAUCUCCUAUUUUAUCCCAACGAGCAAGAGAUCCUGGUCAUGGACCUACAUGAGGGCACCCUGGUAACGCGUCUACGAGUUCCUGGACCUCAUGCGGCGGCCGUAUAUCAGAACAAUGGCUUGAAUGUCAAGAAUCGCACAAUGAGUAUGGUGUGGCGUGGUAGUGGUGGUUCCGGUUUGCAAAAGGGGCCUAUAAUGGGAGGCGGGACCUCUUUUGGUGCCGUCUACACGGCUCACUUGGACGGCCAGAUUCGUUCCUGGAUGCCCCGGCUGCCCGGGCCUGAAGACGACGAUGAUACCCCGGAUCCCCAGGAUGCCAAUGAGGAGGAAAGAAGUCGCAAGCGCAAGGCACUAGAUGACGCCUUUAGGAGUCUCAUGGGCAAGCAGAUUACGUUUAGUUGA